AUGGUGUCUGAUGAUCUGGUUGUAACUCCGAUGAAUUCAUCUUCGACCAUUGGCUUGUUGAAGAAGAUGAAGGUAGACUUCAGUGAUCUCGAGGAGCAUCAGAUUAACAUUUCCAGAGCAGAGCUAAUCAGUAUUCUCAGCGCUUCCUUGAUAGCAUCCAAUGGUCUCUCAAGCUUGCUCCUCAAGAAACCAAAGCAAGAAACUUGUGUAUGA